GGAAAAAGUAAGCAUCUUUAAUGAGAAUCCGAGAUGGGUUUUUGCUAUGUUGGGGAAUAUUCUUGUGGAAUCUUUUUUAUUCUCAUUCUAGCUUCUGAUUGGCUUUGCAUUUUGCAAGACAAAUAAGGAAUGCACAAUAGUAGAGCAAUGAAUGCCAACAAACCGACUACUAGCCGACUAAGCUCGAUUAGGGAACGAAAAACGGCAUUGCAACGAGAUGUUGAUAAGCUGAAAAAACGACUCCAACACGAAGAAAACGUUCACCGAGCACUCGAGAGGGCUUUCACUAGACCUCUCGGUGCUCUUCCUCGUCUCCCUCCGUAUCUCCCAUCCGAGACACUCGAGCUUCUUGCUGAGGUGGCGGUUUUGGAAGAAGAAGUCGUUCGUCUCGAAGAAAAAGUCGUCCAUUUCAGACAAGGACUUUAUCAAGAAGCCGUCCAUAUUUCAUCGUCCAAGAAAAAUAUCGAUUUAUCGUUACUUCAAAGUGAUGCAAUUUCUGCAGCAGAUAUUAUAAAGAAACCUUCUAUUUCCGAUGAAAAGAGAGGAAAAGAGAACCAAUCAAGUACGAAGCCCUCGAAGAGUAAGCAGCAAUUGCCGAAUUCGAAAUUACAAACCGUUACGACUCCAGUAAAAAGGCCUCCGAAAAUAUCACGGUUGGAAAGCCCUAUUAAAAAGGAAAUAUCGCUCGUAGACGACAGUCCGAAUAAAAUAUCCGAGAGCAUUCUAAAAUGCUUAAUGGAUGUUUUCUUGAAAAUGAAUUCUUUGGAAAUAUUCGAUUAUGAGGAAUUUAAGGACCCGUACGGUAUUUGUUCGAAGUUCGAGAAGAGAGAUAUUGGUCCGUAUAAGCGUUUGCUUGCAAUCGAAGCCACCUCUCUCAAUCCAAACCGAACGACAAUAUCUAUAUUCCUAGUUCGAAGAUUAAAGACCGAUUUUUCUCCGGCGUUUAUCGAGUACGGCAUUCCCGAAAGUCCCGAAUUCGUCGUUUCACUAAUGCAAAAGGCUACAGUGAAUGUCGGCGGACACAUUUUAAAUGCAAUAACAAUCGAGCACUUUAUAUUGCGACUGCCUUAUCACUCUAAAUAUACUCUCUCAAAAGGUGCGAAAAACGAUGAGGUGGCGACACGUGGCAUGUUCGGAUUGGACUUGUCUGAACCGUUGGUCACGUUCGCGCUCUCUUGCGGAAGCUGGUCUUCCCCUGCUGUGCGAAUCUACACUGCAUCUCAAGUUGAAAAUGAGCUAGAAACGGCUAAAAGAGAGUACUUACAAGCGGCAAUCGGAAUUUCAAGAAGCGAAAAAGUCAUGGCGAUACCAAAGCUGCUCGAUUGGUAUCUUCUAGACUUUGCUAAGGAUACCGAGUCGUUGCUCGAUUGGAUAUGCCUUCAACUGCCGUGUGAACUCGGAAAAGAAGCAAUGAAAUGCCUCGAGACACGAAAAGACGAACCUACCCUCCAAUCCCUUCAGAUAAUAUCGUAUGAGUUUCGAUUCAGAUAUCUUUUCGCGCACAUGAAUAAAGUUUAGAGAUCAAUUU